AUGCUGCCUUCUGAAAUGGAGCCUUUCUUUCCUGUUUUAAUUGAAAAUAAAUCCUUAUUUAGAAAAAUAAAGAAAAGGCAUCAUUCCACUUAACCAAUUGAUCGAAAUGGUUAAUAGCAAAUAGAUUCUUUUUAUGAAAAAUCUAUUAUAAUAUAGAGAAAGGAAUUAUAAUUUAGAACUUUAGAAGCAAAAAAGUAGAUUUUAAUCUAGUAUCCAAAAACAUCUAUGAGUGGUAGAGAAAAUUAAAAUGAAGAAAUCAGUUUUGAAAAAUUGAUUCAAACAUUUUUAUAAGCUAAUCCUUGCAGUUAGACAAAAAGAUCUGCAAAUAAUAAAAAAAUGUUUAAAAUAAUAUCUUAACAUAAGGAAAUCAAAAUUCUUGAAGAGGAACAUAAAUGUAUAUGAAAUUUUAAAAUUUACUAGCGCUUCAAUAAAAAUUUUAUCGAUAAAUAAAUUCAUAUUUAGAAGAAUGUAGAAAAUUUUGA